AUGAUGUCAGGAGCAAAAUCUGACCAAAAAGGACCUCGUAGAAGUUUAUCAACCAGCAAAACUAAAAAAAAAGGGUCGAAUUCUGUUAUUUCGUACUUCACCAAUGCGCCACCUGCCAAACUUGCCUGCCCCGUUUGUAGUACUAUGGUACCGAGAUAUGACUUAAGCCGGCACCUUGAUGAGAUGUGUGCUCAUAAAGCUGAUGCCAUUCGGACAUGUCCAGUUCCUGUUGACUUACCGAAUCCAAGUGUGUCCACAGUGGAUUUAACCAACAAUGCCUUAGAGUCCGUAACUCCAAUGAAGUCAUCGCCAAAGAGGAGUUUAAGCCCUGAUCCGGGUGAUUCAGCUCCAAAGAGCAAAAAACAGAUCAGUUCCUACUUUAAAGGCAAGGAUGAUUUUAUGUGCAGAAGUCAGCCUGAGCUGAGUAGGCCUGUGAAAGUCAUUCCUUUGGGAAGCCUGGCAUCCAAAUUGUCGAGUAAAUACAGAAUGGCUAAAAAAGCCAUCGGUAAGAAUACAGAGUUUGGGACUCACAGAGUUACAGAUCCAAGCAGUUCCUUAUCCACAGAGGUUAAAAGCUUGGCUGACAACUGCUCAGGGAUUGAAAACAGGGAUGAAAUUUUGGAGAACUUUUCUCAAAAGGAAAACGUUUUUGGGUGUGAGUCACUUAAAGAAGAGAAUGCUUCUGAAUGUACCGUAGAAAGCAGUAAAAUAAUGGAAGCUGACAGCCAGAAAGCUACCCAGGAAUGUGCGGAAUCAGACCUCAUCUCUGGCUUGUCAGAUAAUUCCUUUGCAUUGUUUUCUUCAGAUGUAACUUUGGGGAAUAAUUUAAAGUCUAUGUCACAAGACAGUCGUGAAAAGCAGGAAAGUAUCAAAGGAGUAGAUAGUAAAAAAUUUGAGGCAGGUCGUUGUAAAGAAGUAACACUGACUGUUGCUAAUCAAAGUAGAGCCCAGUUGUCAGACUUGAAAGCAGAGUCUCAGACUUCCACAAAUGAUGUUGCUCUGGAAGGUGACAGUGGCUUAAGGAAUGAAACUGUUCACAAUGCUCCUUUGGAGGCGGGCCCAAGCUGUGAUGUUCCUGACACAACAGCCGAAACACCCCCAAAACAUCCUUACUACCUUCAAAGUUUCCUUGUGGUGCUGAAAGCUGUUCUUGAGAAUGAAGAUGAUUUGAUGCUUUUUGAUGAACACGAGAAGGAAAUUAUAAGUAACUUUUAUCAAUUAUCAGCUAAUGGUCAGAAGUUAUAUGUCCGACUUUUUCAACGUAAAUUUAACUGGAUUAAAGUGAAUAAAUUAGAAUAUGAAGAGAUUGCCCCAGAUUUAACACCUGUAAUCGAAGAACUGAAGGCAGCCGACUUUGUCCAGACAGAAUCUGAAUUGCAAGAACUCACUGAAGUGCUUGAGUUACUUUCUGCUCCGGAAGUAAAAUCCUUGGCAAAGCUCUUCCACCUGGCAAAUCCCAAUGGACAGAAGCAACAGCUGGUCGAUUCUUUUCUCAAAUUGGCCAAACAGCGUUCCGUCUUCACCUGGGGCAAGAAUCCGCCUGGCAUUGGAGCAGUGAUUUUAAAAAGGUUUUACUGACUGGUGUUAUAG